UCAGACGAUGCGAGUUAAUUGGUGUGCUCUUGAUGAUAUUGUCCGAUUGCUUUAAUACUAUCGGCAGUUACGAAUGCACGUGUCGGCCAGCUACGUUGGUGACGAAUUACCCUGUAGAGACAACGACGAAUGUUUGUUUGGCGAAGACAAUUGUGACAGAAAUGCCAUGUGCGACAACACCGAGGGUAGCUUCAAUUGUCACUGCCUGUCCGGGUUCGCUGGAGCAGGUGUCGAAUGCUCAGACGUAAAUGAAUGCACGCACGGCAUCGACAACUGCGCAGACAGUGCCACCUGUACGAACAUGAUCGGUAGCUUCAUGUGCGAAUGCACCGACGGAUACACGGGCGACGGCGUUUUCACCUGCUCAGAUUAUGACGAGUGUAGGCUGGGUAUGGACGACUGCCACCGAAACGCCGAGUGUCAGAAUGAACCUGGCAGUUUCUCGUGCGAAUGCCCAAGCGGAUUUCUUGGCGAUGGAAUCAUCGAAUGUUCAGAUAUCAACGAGUGUGUUACGGGCGUUAGCACCUGUUCAGCUUACGCAAACUGCGAGAACACCUUUGGCGGAUACACCUGUGAUUGCAUCAUCGGUUUUACGGGAGAUGGCUUCGUGUGUACAGAUGUGAACGAGUGUACAAGAGGAACGCAUGAUUGUAACGUCAACGCGUUCUGUAGCAACACCGUCGGCAGCUACCGUUGUCAGUGUAAGGGAGGCUACAGCGGCGAUGGAGUCACGUGCGAAAACGUCGAUGAAUGCAGUACGAUCACAUGUCCCGACCCCAACCAGCAGUGCGUCGACAUGGAUGGAACCUACCGCUGCGACUGUCGGGAAGGUUAUCAGUCGGACGGACGCGGGGCGUGCAUAGGUGAGCAGCAACCUACCAUCUAUCCUAUGAUGGAGUGUCAGAUGGAGAUGCACAACUGUGAUGUGAAUGCGAUGUGUGCCGACACUGACGGCAGCUUCACCUGUGACUGCAAUGCCGGAUAUACGGGAAAUGGCAUCCAGUGCAGCGACGUGGAUGAGUGCACCUCUAACACUGACAACUGUGACGAAAAUGCGAGAUGUCUUAACGACAUCGGCAGCUUCCAGUGUCGCUGUCUGGACGGCUUCAGGGGAGAUGGUGUCAUCUGUCAAGAGAACGAUGAAUGCAGCGACGGCACGCAUAACUGUAACGUGAGGGCCGACUGUUUGAAUUUCCCACCCGGCAGCUUCAUGUGUGACUGCAUGCCUGGAUUCUCCGGAGAUGGAAUCAACUGUCUAAAUAUGAACGAGUGCUUGCUAGGCAUUGAUGAUUGCGACGACAACGCUCUCUGCGUCGACGUCAUGGGCAGUUACCGCUGCACAUGUCCCACAGGUUUCACCGGCGACGGUCGCCUAUGCACAGACAAUGAUGAGUGUGCGCUAAACACUGACAACUGCGACCUCAAGGCUGACUGUGACAACACAGAGGGUAGCUUCCGAUGUCAGUGCGCGCCGGGCUACGAAGGAGAUGGAACGCAGUGCCUUGAGACCAAUGAAUGCCAGCUAGGGUUGGACGACUGUAACGCCCGGGCCGCCUGUAGCAACACUGAUGGAAGCUACGUGUGUGACUGCGACACCGGUUACCAAGGAGACGGUGUCAUCACCUGCAGCGAUAUCGACGAAUGUCGUUCGGGACUUGACAACUGCGAUGCGAACGCACUAUGCACAAACACUGAUGGUCGAUUCAACUGCGAAUGUGACAUCGGCUAUUCAGGCAAUGGAGUGAACUGCCUUGAUGUGGACGAGUGUGACGAGAACCUUGAUGAUUGCCACAGUGAGGCUGUAUGCUCUAACACUCAGGGCAGCUUUCUGUGUGACUGCAGGGACGGAUUUACAGGCAACGGCCUCUCAUGCAGUGAUGUUGACGAGUGCGUGAACCAGAUGUGCAAGUCAUCUCAGAUGUGCUUCAACUUUGUUGGAUCGUUCAGCUGCGGUUGUGACGAAGGCUACGUGAUGAUAGAUGAAACCUGCAUUGAUAUGAAUGAGUGCUUGCUACGCGUUGACACGUGUGAUAGACUCGAUGGAACAUGCGUCAACAGGCCAGGAUCAUUCGAAUGUCGCUGUAACAGCGGAUUCAGUGGAGAUGGGACAAACUGCAUGGAUGUGGACGAGUGUGACCUAAGAAGGGACAACUGUGACGAAAAUGCACAGUGCUUCAACAACAGAGGCGGCUUCGACUGCGAAUGCGACCCCGGUUACCUUGGAAACGGCGUCUCCUGUAGUGAUGCUAACGAAUGCGCGGACGGACUGGACACGUGCUCACUGCGUGCCGACUGCUUCAACACUGAUGGCAGCUUCCUCUGUGAAUGUGAGGAGGGCUUCAGCGGAAAUGGCAUCGUCUGUGCAGAUAACAACGAGUGUUUGACUGGUGGGCACAACUGCGACAAGAACGCAAGAUGUACAAACGCACCUGGAACAUUUACCUGCGCCUGUCUGGAAGGCUACAGUGGCAACGGCGUCUUCUGUGCAGAUACGGAUGAAUGCGCUUCUGGUACUGACAACUGCGACGUCAACGCAGAGUGUACCAACACUGUCGGAUCCUAUUCAUGUGCCUGCAAACCAGGAUACACCGGCGAUGGCGUCACCUGCACUGAUACGAAUGAGUGCUCGGAUGCUAGCGAUAACUGCCACGAGGAUGCUGAAUGCAUCAACACAGACGGCUCCUACCAGUGCAAGUGUCGCGAUGGCUUCCGAGGCAAUGGGCAGCAAUGUUCAGAUGCUGACGAAUGUUUCGAACAAAGCCACAACUGUGACAGUAGACUACCUCAGCGAUCGCUCUGCACAAACACCGUCGGUAGCUUCACCUGUAACUGCUUCACUCCUUACUGGGAGGGAGAUGGCGUCGUCUGCACAGAUGUUGAUCAGUGUAAGCAGCAGCCACCACCCUGUCCUGACGUGAUGAUGUGCGUCAAUCUAGAAGGCGCUCCAGGAUUCUCCUGUAGUGACAUGGACGAAUGUGAGCUUGGACUUGACAACUGCCACGAGAUGGCGCUGUGCAGAAACAUUGAGGCCAGUUUCCAGUGUAUAUGUGAGGCGGGUUACACGGGAGAUGGCGUUCAAUGCUCCGAUCUGAACGAAUGUGAUGAGGGACGGGACAACUGUGAUAUCACACACGGAAGCUGUUUCAACAACGAUGGCAGCUUCACGUGCAGCUGUGACACAGGAUUCACGGGCGAUGGCGUCGACUGCUCAGAUUUGAAUGAGUGUAGCGAAGGUGCGGAUUCGUGCGGAGACAACACGGAAUGCCAAAACCUCGAAGGUUCUUUCUAUUGUACGUGCAAGGAUGGUUUCAUGCCUGUCAGCGAGACGGAAUGUAGAGACAUAGAUGAAUGCUUCGAGAGACUUGCGAAGUGUGACGAGCAGGCGACGUGCACCAACACACUCGGUAGCUACGAAUGUGACUGCAACGGUGGAUAUGAAGGGGAUGGCGUCACUGUGUGCGCUAACAUCAACGAAUGUAGAACAGGCCUGGCAAACUGCCAUCACAAUGCUAGUUGUCGAGACCUGCCUGGUGGAUUCGAAUGCAUCUGUCGCACUGGCUAUGCCGGAGAUGGUUUUACUUGCUCAGAUAUCGAUGAGUGCACCGAACUGUUUCCACCUCCUUGUCAAGAGGGAGCAAUGUGUGAAAAUAGACCAGGAGACUUUGUAUGCUUCCUUGAGAGUACACCAGCUACGACCCCGACUCCAACAAUAACAAUGACCAUGAGUACACCCGACACUGGCACAGCCCCAACCGGCCCAGAAUCAACUGCAACAGUGACAGGAAGCACCGGAACUGGAUCAACUCCAACAGGUUCAGAGCCAACAGGUACUGGACAAGAAACUACUCCAACAGGAACUGGUCCCACUGCAACAGGUCCCACUGCAACAGGAACAGGGCCAACAGGAAUAUUCGGUAAAGGCACAAUAAUAACGGGCCCAACUAGAACACACACUGCCCCAGCAGUAACGGGACAAACUCUACCUGGCCCAACUGGAGCAGGGACAGAUCCUCUAAUAACAGGACAAACAAUACCGAGUCAGCCUGGAACCAUUUUACAAGUAACUGGAUCAACGGUAGUAGUAACAGGUGCAGGAGUUACAUCCCCUACUAGGACUAUUCCAACUACAGCUGAUAUAACAGGAAUAACGGGAGAAACCGGAAUAAUAACAGGACAAGAAAUAACAGGACCCACUGGAACAGAAGUAACGUCAAAAGUUCCAGAAGGUGCAGGAGUAACAGUUUUCACUGAAGCAAAGACAGGUGGAGGAGUAACAACAGUGAAUUCUGGAAUAAUUAGCAAUGGCCCGCCAGAUGGACUGGUUACGACGCCGGCGCCAACCCCAUCAGCAAAACCAGAUGGACCAGUCGAAGUAAUCUGCAAGGCGGAUGGUAUCGCCUUCAACGUGGACUUGCGCAAGGCGGCUGGGGGCAAGGAUACGUUCACAGGCGUUAUUUACGUGAAGAAUAACUUCAAGACUGAAGCCUGUCGGAUGCAAAUGUUCGACAAUUCCGCCAAUGAAAGAGCAACGUUCUUUGCCAAGUACUCGGAAUGUGAAUUUGCCAUUGACCAGGAAAACGGUCUGUAUUCUACCACGGUGGUUAUCCAGCCACACAUGAUGCUGGUAACGAAGGAAGCACGUGCAUACAGAAUGACAUGCAAAUACGAUGAUGAUAUCACAAAAACUGUCGGACCAACCAGUAUUGAUAUUGAGUAA